AUGUCAUCUUCUGAUAUCUUCGAUGUUCUAAACAUUCAACAAAAGUCAAAGAGCCCUAACGUGCCAACUAGCUCCAAUGUAGCCAAACCUAAUCCAAUUAAUAAAUCCCAAGUCACUACCAUGCAAAGAGAACUUUUCAACCUUUUAGGUGAUAAUCAACCUUCAAUUAUGGUAGGAUCUAAGAAUAACAGAUUUAAAGAGAAGCUAAAUAAGAAUGUUAAGGUUUCUCCAUGGACUUUGGCUCCGUUUCAAGCUACAUCUACAUUGAAAUUGAAUCAUUGGGUUAAAGGAUCAAAGGAAUUGGUCGGUAAAGAACCACAGGAAUCGGCCUUUGCAAAAUAUAAUCAACAUUUAACUAUUCCAACUUUUACUGAAAAAGAGUACUUGAAUUUUAUGACUAUUAAAGAAAAUCAUGAUCAAUCAAUGAUUAAUAAUAAUCAAAAGGCAGAUACUAAUGUACAAGAAGAAAAGACUUUGAAUUCUAAUAAUGAAGAUUCCAGCAACAAGAAUAGUGGAAAUAAAGAAAAUGUGAAUGAAUCUUUGCCGACAGAAAAUAAAGAAGACGUAGUGGAAAAGUUCAUGGAUGCAAAUGAAUCGGUUUCUGAAGUAUUAGAUGGAUCUAAAAAGCCAACGAAUACAAAUAAAAAUGAGAACGGUGUUGAAAACUAUAAAAUGGCAGACAAUAAUGGAGUAAAUCCAGAAGCUAUUAAUGAUGAGGAUAUAAAGCAAAAUGAUGAAGAAAAUUUAGAAUCCCAUGUAUCUGUUAAUUUACCUGAUAAACAACUAAAUUCUGAAAAUGAAAACUCUAUAGAAUCUCUAAAUAAUAAUAAAAAGGAAAAAACACAGAAGGAAUGGAGUUUCAAGGAAGUAGAAUACUUGUUCAAUUUAUGCAGGAAAUUUGACUUAAACUGGCAUGUUAUAUAUGAUAGGUAUAAUUUUGAGAAUGAAAAUAAUGAUAAUGAAGACAGAAGAUUAGAUGAUUUAAAAGCAAAAUUCUAUGAAAUAAGUAAGAAAUAUUUUCUAACUAUUAGACCUGAUGAUCCUUUAGUAGCACAGCUAACAUAUUCUAAGGAAAAAGAAUUGGAAAGAAAGAGAUAUCUGGAUAGACUGCUUGCUAGAUCAGCUGCUGAAAUUGCAGAAGAAGAAGCUUUGAUUAUUGAAUCAAGGAAAUUUGAAAUGGCUGCAAAGAAGACUUUAAAUGAACGAGAGAAUUUAUUACGAUUACUAGAUUCUCCAAAUUCUAAUCAAUCUAUUUCACAAUAUAUGACUUCCCAGGGUAUUUCUCAACUUUACAGCAGUCUAUUGACAGAUAAAUCAAGGAAACGUAAACAUAUGACUUCUGUGCCUGAAAAUCCAUGGAUGAAGCAACAAAAUCAAUUUGCCCAACAAAGACAAAGAUUCCAGCAAAUGCACGGUAUAAAGCAAGAAGGAUCCAAUAUAUCUACCAACAAACCAAAUCGUCAAAAUACUACGAAUUAUGAUAUUAGCACUAGUACUAAUGACGAUACAAACAUGGAAGCUGGUUCCCAUGGCUUAGAAGCUGAAUUGAAUGCGGAUAGUAACAUGUUAAGCCAAUCCCAGAAAAGUGUUACAAAGAAACAAAAACUUGAAUUGCAAAUAGCUAAUAAGAGAAAAGCUGAAAGUGAAUAUGCUGAUAGUAUAUUGCAGAAUUUCAAUAAGGAAGAACAAGAAUCUUUGGGAUUAAAAGCUCAUGGUGAAAAGUUAAAACCAGGUGUCUACACCAGAUCAAGCAAAAUAUCAACAUAUAAACCAGCAGUUCAGAAUAAGAUAAACAUCAUAAUACAAGAACUUGGAUUGCCAUUGAGGCCUGUUAUGCUAACAUCAAAAGUUUUUGAUAAGUAUGAAGAAUUAUCAAAACAAAUCGUGACGUUAAACGACUUAAAGAGGCAUCUCGACAAGCUAGAGGCUGAGAAUUUCAUAAUAAAGAAAUAA